AAUUUUAGGUUAUAUUUCUCUCACCUCCACCAAUUUUAUCUUAACUACCGGUAUUUACGGUAUCUAAUCAACGAAUUUGCUAGAAGUCGAGUUGGAAGCGCCAUGAACAAGUUCUACGUGGUUUUCAGCGCGUUCGCUCUAACACUGAGCAUCGUCCCCACGAACACGGAGGGAUGUUUGGGCUGCCUCAAUCUCGACGAGUACAACUUCAACAAAAUCGUGCCGAAAUUCGAGGCCGUCCUGGUCAAAUUCGACGUGGCAUAUCCCUACGGGGAGAAGCACGAGAUAUUCAACUCGCUGGCGGGCGAGAUCGUGGACAAUCAGGAAUUCGUGCUGGCCCAGGUGGGUGUCAAAGACUAUGGGCAGAAGGAGAACGAGGAUUUCGCCAGGACCUUCGGCAUCGAUCCGAAGAGCGACUUGCCGGCGCUCCGGCUGUUCGUCCAGGGCGAGGACGAGCCUUUCGCGUUCGAAAAGAGCAUGCCGUGGAACAACGAAAACUUGAAGAGAUUCGUCAGGGAUCACACGAACGUUUACCUCGGACUGCCCGGGUGUAUAGAGAAAUUCGAUAAACUCGCCCAUAAGUUCAUCACCAGCCAAACUAAGGAGGAAGUUCUGAAAGAAACACAAGCGGAAGCCGGUAAAUUAACGUCCGAGAAAGAUAAAGAAAUCGCUGAUAACUACUUGAAGGUAAUGAAGAAAGUGCUCGAUAAUGGGUACUCGUUUGUUCUGCAAGAAGACGCUAGAUUGGAGAAGAUUCUGAGCGGAAAAGUGAACGAUAAGAAACGAAGAGAGCUGUCGAAUCGCCUGAACGUUUUGAAAUCGUUUAGUAUCGAACCGCAAAAGUCAGAGCUUUGAUUAAAGCUCAUUUUAUGUUUCUAUAUGGUAACGUUUCCUGGGGUGUUUCUUUACUAUAGGGUGCUUUCCGAAGAAAGGAAAAACAGUAGAAUCGCAAAGGGCUUAUAAAACGGGCAAAAUCGUUGUACUAGAAGUUAACCGACUAAAUGAAUGUUUUGCAAUCUUUUGAAUGAUACAAUAAGUAGUUCUUAAAAAAAACCAUAAAAUAUAAUGGUUAAACAUUCCUUAAGUCUAUAAAUAUAAACAUUCCAUUUGUUGAACUGAAUAAAUGUGUGAUACAA